AUGGCUUCAACUAUAUUAUCACCGAUGGUUGACUAUUACAACGACGAAGAAGACCUCGAUAGCGUGGACGAAGACGACGAUCGCAGUUUUAGAGGGCGAGAUUCAGAAGAAGACACAGAAGAUGCCAGUGAAACUGACCUCGCAAAGCAGGAUGAGGAUGUAGACUUUGUAGAAAUCAAAGAGCAAAUGUACCAGGACAAACUCACAUCUCUGAAAAGACAGUUGCAACAAUUACAAGAAGGUACACUUCAGGAGUAUCAGAAGAGAAUGAAGAAGCUCGACCAGCAAUACAAGGAACGACUGAGAAAUGCAGACUUAUUUCUUCAACUUGAGACCGAUCAGGUGGAGAGGAAUUACAUAAAGGAAAAGAAGGCUGCCGUAAAGGAGUUUGAUGAUAAAAAGGUCGAACUGAAGGAAAACUUAAUUGCUGAGCUGGAGGAGAAGAAAAAAAUGAUUGAGAAUGAGAAAUUAACAAUGGAACUGACCGGAGACUCCAUGGAAGUAAAACCGAUCAUGACUCGCAAAUUGCGGAGACGACCAAAUGAUCCUGUACCAAUACCAGACAAACGGAGGAAACCGGCACCUGCGCAGUUAAACUAUUUAUUAACAGAUGACCAGAUAAUGGAGGAUCUAAGAACGUUGAAUAAGUUAAAAUCACCAAAGCGGCCAAUUUCACCAUCUACUCCAGAGCACAUCCCCUCUGCUCCCAUGGACAACCCCUCCCAGCGUUAUGAAGCCCGUAUUGAAGAAGGCAAACUGUACUACGACAAACGAUGGUACCACAAGAGCCAGGCCAUCUACCUGGAGUCAAAGGACAAUACAAAGAUCAGCUGUGUGAUCAGCUCGGUGGGGACCAAUGAGAUCUGGGUGAGGAAGACGAGCGACAGCACAAAGAUGAGGAUCUACCUGGGACAGCUGCAGAGAGGGGCCUUCGUCAUCCGCCGGCGCUCUGCUGCAUGA